AUGGCUUCUACUUUCAACUCCAUUGCUCAAAUCAACGCAGAAAAAGAAACUUGGAAAAUAUGUGUUAGGUGUGAGCGAGUAUGGUUUAAGUUUAUGAGAAGUCAACCCGAUGUUCGCACUGCAAUGGAAAUAUGUGUUCUAGACGAGGAGGGUGAUAAAAUUCAAGCCAUAAUUCCAAAAUGGCGUAUUUCGAAGCUGGAGAAUAUUAUUAAGGAAGGAUCAUUUUAUGUACUAGAAAAUUUUGAAAUACUUCCGAAUAAUGAUGAGUACGCGCCAACAAAACACCCUUAUGUUUUGAAGUUUCACGAGUGCACUUCUGUUAGGCCGUCGGGGAUUGUCAAUAUUCCCCGUUACAUUUUUAACUUCGUCAACUUCAGCGACCUUGCGAGUAAUGCUGAUUACUCUUGGCGCGUGUUUGAUGUUAUUGCCGAAGUGUAUGGUAUGGAUGAGCUGGUUAAAUACGACCGGGAUGGUCGCCAAAUGAUGAGGAUUAAGGCACAUUUACGUAACUUGAGCGGAGAAUCUAUUGAUUGUACUUUGUGGAACGGAUUUGCAAUCCAAAUGGCUGAAUAUUGGAAUAACAAAAAUUGGAAUGUCAAAAAAGGCGAUCCAGUGGUCAUCAUCCUUCAGCAUGCUAUGGUCAAGAGAUGGGGAGUACAUCGAACACAAACUCCGUUAUCAGAUAUUACGAACAAUCUUGAAGGUCAAAAUAGAACCGUAACUAACAUCACAGAUGGCAAGCGUCUAACGCAUGAUAAGAAGUUACUCGCUUCCAUUGCUCGAACUUUAUAUGUUGGAGAUAAAGACGAUGCUGGAUCAUCAACGGUGUCUGCACUC